AUGGCGCCGCUCUUGGUCCCGUUGCGGUGUGGACUCCACGUCCAGAAGCGCAGGUUAGCCCUUCUGCUCCAGCAGAGCAGCUCGUCUCGCGUUCGGAGCUAUGAUAACAGAACCGGGAAGACCGGCGCUGGUGGCGGUAAAAAGAGGCAGCGGAGCGCGUAUCAGUUGCUGGGUCCAAAUCUGGCAUCAUCAACAUGGGCAUCAAGUCGGGGGAGCAGUCAGCAGAUGCUGGAAGCUGCAAAACAUUUGCAGAUACCAGAGAGAGCCUGCUGGCACGGCCAUGCUGGUGGAGGCCUGAGUGCAGAUCCCAAAAAUGUGCUGAAGGAGGUGAACUCGACAAAGAUUCUCUCGGCGAUGAUGUCAUAUGUUUGGCCCAAAGAUCGGCCGGACCUGCGAGCUCGAGUGGCCAUUUCGCUCGGCCUGCUCGCCGGAGCCAAGAUGACCAACGUGAUGGUGCCCUUCAUGUUUAAAUAUGCAGUGGACGGCCUGAACCAGAUGUCGGGACACAUGUUGAACCUGAGUGACGCGCCAAACACGGUGGCCACCAUGGCAACGGCAGUUUUGAUUGGCUAUGGCGUGUCGCGGGCUGGAGCAGCUCUCUUUAAUGAGCUGAGGAAUGCUGUGUUUGGGAAGGUGGCCCAGAGCUCCAUCAGGAGGAUCGCCAAAAACGUCUUCCUGCACCUGCACAACCUGGAUCUAGGCUUCCACCUGAGCCGGCAGACCGGCGCGCUGUCCAAGGCCAUUGACAGGGGUACGCGGGGCAUCAGCUUCGUCCUCAGCGCACUGGUCUUCAACCUAGGGCCCACAGUUUUCGAGAUGGCACUGGUCAGCAGCAUCCUGUAUUAUAAAUGCGGUGGUCAGUUUGCACUCGUUACUAUGGGGACCUUGGCAGCCUACACAAUGUUCACCAUCGCAGUUACGCAGUGGAGGACCCGUUUCAGGAUAGAGAUGAACAAGGCAGAUAACGAAGCAGGCAACGCAGCCAUCGACUCUCUUCUCAAUUACGAGACCGUUAAGUACUUCAACAAUGAAAAAUAUGAAGCAGAGAGAUAUGACGGCUUUCUGAAGGUUUAUGAGUCCUCCUCACUGAAGACUACCUCUACCCUGGCCAUGCUGAACUUUGGACAGAGUGUGAUCUUCAGUGUAGGCCUUACAGCUAUUAUGGUGCUGGCUAGCAAAGGCAUAAUGGCAGGAACCAUGACUGUGGGAGAUUUAGUGAUGGUCAAUGGGCUCCUCUUCCAGCUCUCAUUGCCACUGAACUUCCUGGGCACAGUGUACAGAGAGACCAGACAGGCCCUCAUCGACAUGGACACGCUCUUCACCUUGCUCAGCGUGGACACCAAGAUCAAGGAGAAGGAGCUGGCUCCUCCGUUGCUGGUUACCCCUCAGGAGGCCACCAUCAGGUUUGAGGAUGUCUACUUUGAGUACUUGGAGGGACAAAAGGUCCUCAACGGGGUUUCCUUCGAAGUGCCUGCUGGGAAGAAGGUAGCAAUUGUCGGAGGCAGCGGGUCUGGAAAAAGCACAAUCGUCAGGUUGCUGUUUAGGUUCUAUGAACCCCAGCAAGGAAACAUCUAUAUUGCAAACCAGAACAUUCGAGAUGUUAGUCUGGAAAGCCUGAGGAAGGCUUUGGGGGUGGUGCCUCAGGAUGCAGUCCUCUUCCACAACACCAUCUACUACAAUCUACAGUACGGCAACAUCAACGCUACGCCGGAGGACGUGUACAGAGUGGCUAAGCUUGCUGGCAUCCAUGACGCCAUCCUCAAAAUGCCUCAUGGAUAUGAGACACAGGUUGGAGAGCGAGGCCUGAAGCUUUCAGGUGGAGAAAAACAGCGUGUUGCCAUUGCCAGGGCGAUCCUGAAGAACCCUCCUAUCCUGCUGUACGAUGAAGCCACUUCUUCUCUAGACUCCAUUACUGAAGAGAACAUUCUCUGUUCCAUGAAAGAAAUGGUGAAAGACAGGACGUCCGUCUUCAUUGCCCACCGACUGUCCACCGUUGUGGACGCAGAUGAGAUAAUUGUGCUGAAUGAGGGGAAGGUAGCAGAGCGAGGAGACCAUCACACACUCCUGAGCAUGCCGAGCAGUCUGUACGCCGACCUGUGGCACACACAGAACAGCAAGGUCCUGAACAGCAACGGCAACAGCAAGCCCCCCGCCCAGGUCGAACGCGUCUGGCAGAAGGAGGAGGAGCGCAGGAAGCUGCAGGAGGAGAUCCUGAACAGCGUGAAGGGCUGCGGCAACUGCUCCUGCUGAGCAUCCGGCCUGAACACGUGGCUUUCUGGGGAGUCAGACUUUCUGAGGCUUUCUCAUUCCAUCCCUAGGCUGUACAGAGCCGGAGGAUGAUGAGCACUCUAAGGCCCUUUGUGCCGCCCCAAGACUGACUUCACCCUGAAAGCAUGACCAAACCUAGGCCGGAAUCCGCUGGUUACCUUUUUCAGGUAGUAAUGUUGGUUGAUUCAGCAGCUCCUUUCUCUAUCAGUGGAAUACUCCAGUGUAUUUCAGCCUAAAUGCUUCAGCCUGCUGCAUCUGUAGGAUAUUUUUGACCAGCACAGAUGCUAGAUGAUGAUGCGCUGUCCUGUACGCAGUGACCAACUUUUACAGUAGAAGUGUGGAAGUCAACAGUUUUGAGUGUUAAUGCAAUAAAUUAAAAAAAAUCCCUGUUUUACCCUUUUAUUCCACCUUGAAGCCCAGCUGUUUGAUGCUCCUUCGCAGUUGCAGCCCCUCAUUCAAACAGGUCUUAAAUGGCAGGUCAUUGAUGGCUCUCUUGGUAAAACUGCUCCAAGCUGCUGCUGCCGUGAAUUAGUUCAUCACCAAAGCACAUCGAGUCUGAAGUAUAAGUCGCAAACCAAACUGAUUGCAUUGCUGACAGAGCCUGAUUUUCUGUAGUUAACGGAUUAUUAAGUGCAUGUAACUGCACUCAGUGAUACUGGCAAUAUCAGUAUCAUUAGUGCUGGACAGUCAGUAAAACUGGAUAAAUCAAUGAGCAGCGAACUAACAAAAGCAACAUAAAAGUGGAAAGCUUGCUUUCACUGGACAUCGAUGGAUGAAAACUGGAACCUAGAUUCACCUUAUUGUCACGUUCAUUCUGCAGUCACUUCAUUUUCAUGUUCAUGUUCAGGUUCGUUUAAAGCUGUAAACACACUCUGGUGAAGCUUAUUUGGGCUCAGAUUUAAGCUAAAGCAACAAAUAAUGAAUAUGACUAAUAACAGUGUAUUAUUUCAAUCGUUUGACAUCCCUAAUCAAUAUUCUCUGGUAUUCGACCAUGUGCUACAGGCGUAGCAGAUGGAGAUUAGGUUGGAAAACACUGGGAUAGUUCUUUAAAAACUGGCUUGUGGCAUUCUGCACUUCCACAAGCCACAUUCACUGGCAUGCCUUUCAGUGAGCACAGUGUCUCCAAAGCCUGGUCCUGCCACCCACCAAUGCAUAGUUCAGUCUUCUGUCUGCCCUUACAAACCUACUUCAGCUUAGGAAGGCCUAGUUAGCAUAUUAAUUAGACAGAAAAACGCCGAACUACGCAGGAGCAAGUUUUGGAACCACAGUGUUGACACAUUAUCAAGGUAUUUAAUCUUGUUUUAAAUUAUUAUGUAUUUUCCAUGCGGUAGCUGUUUUUAUCAUGGGAGUGUACAUAUUAAAAUAACGUGACAGGUUUGUAUAAGAGUGAAGAAUCAUAUUGUACAGGAGCAAAUGUUUCAGACGGCUUUUUGUAAGUGAAAUAUAUUAACUGGAUGUAAUAGGAACCCUUUAUAUACUUGGUCUUUUGGAUAACAGCACCUUACACUAAUAUCUGGUGUGCUACAUAAUGUUCAUGAGAUCAGCUCUUUAGCAGACAUUUGUAUCAGAAAUUAAAUGUGAACAGAGGCUGACAGAAAGAAGAAAAUAAAACAUCUUAAAAAAA